AUGGCAUCGUUUAAGUUUGGAAACAUUUUUUUCAUGCGGAAAUGGAGGAAACCCAUUAACGGAGUAGGAAUUGUCGUUACAUCGUUUGUUGUUUACAAGCUUCUGUUUUUCAAAGUUAAAGGUAAAAAGCAUUUGUUAAAGGACCCCAAUGAAAAAUACAAAUUACCUCUUAUUAAAAAAGACAUCAUCAGUCAUGACACAAGGCUAUUUAGAUUCGGCUUGCCAGAAAAGGAUAUGGUACUCGGAUUACCAAUUGGUAAACACAUCCAAUUAUCAGCAAGAAUUAACGACGAGUUAGUUAUAAGAUCGUACACUCCGGUUUCAUCAGACGACGAUGAAGGAUACGUGGAUUUAGUAGUAAAGGUAUACUUUAAAGACGUACACCCCAAGUUCCCGCUGGGUGGCAAGAUGACGCAAUAUUUGGAACAGUUAAAAAUCGGCGACACCAUAGACGUACGAGGUCCUACGGGUCGCAUAGAAUACCAUGGACAUGGUAAAUUUACAGUGGUGAGAAGUCGCAAGGACCCUCCGGAUGAAUACAACGUUUCGAAAGUAGGACUAAUCGCCGGCGGUGUUGGGAUAACGCCGAUAUUGCAAUUGGUGAGGCACAUUCUGAAGGAUCCUUCGGACAAGACGCAAUGCGCGUUGCUCUUUGCUAAUCAGACCGAGGAGGACAUUCUGCUGCGUGAAGAACUCGAACAAGCCGCCAAAGAGCACCCAGAUCGCUUUAAAUUUUGGUACACUUUGGAUAGACCACCGGCAGAUUGGAAAUACAGCAGCGGAUUUAUUACUUGCGAAAUGCUUGACGAGCACCUUUAUCCAGCCGGUAACGAUACUGUUACGUUGAUUUGCGGACCUCCUGCCAUGGUUAAAUUCGCCAUUAUGCCGAAUCUCACAGACAAAUUAGAACAUGACAAAAACAGGAUUAUUGUUUACUGA